AUGUCCCCAAACAAUCGACAAAAUGCCCAGAUGCAUGGCCUGGUUGGCAAACCAUUGCUGUAUUUCACGAGUGUCUUUGUAUCUUUAGGCGUCUUUCUCUUCGGCUAUGACCAAGGAGUGAUGUCUGGCAUCAUAACAGGGUGGUAUUUCAAGGAUUACUUCAAUCAACCAUCACGAGCUGCAAUUGGCACUGUUGUUGCGAUUCUAGAAGUUGGAGCAUUCAUCUCAUCCCUACUUGUUGGACGAGUUGGCGAUCUGAUCGGGCGUCGCAAAACGAUACUUUAUGGGUCAAUUGUCUUCUUCAUUGGUGGCGCAUUCCAGGCAUUUGCGACUGGUCUGCCUAUGAUGAUGGUCGGCCGUAUCAUUGCAGGUUUAGGGGUUGGAGCACUCUCUACCAUUGUGCCGGUUUAUCAGUCUGAGAUCUCGCCCCCCCAUAACCGUGGAAAGCUAGCAUGCAUUGAAUUCACGGGGAAUAUCUCCGGCUACGCUGCAAGUGUCUGGGUUGACUAUUUCUGCAGCUUCAUAGAUAGUAAUUACUCCUGGCGUCUCCCUCUGCUCUGUCAAUGCAUCAUGGGUGCUUUGCUUGGUGUGGGCAGUUUGAUCAUCUGCGAAUCUCCCAGGUGGUUACUAGAUAACGAUUUUGACGAGGAAGGUAUGGUCGUUAUAGCGAAUUUAUAUGGCAAGGGUGAUCUGCACAACGACAAAGCCAGACAAGAAUACAGAGAGAUCAAGAUGAAUGUUCUUCUUCAACGACAAGAGGGCGAGAGAUCCUACAGUGACAUGUUCAAACGUUACUAUAGACGGGUAUUGAUUGCAAUGUCAGCACAGGCAUUGGCGCAGCUGAACGGAAUCAACGUCAUCUCUUACUACGCCCCACUCGUUUUUGAAUCGGCAGGGUGGGCUGGCCGUGAUGCUAUUCUAAUGACCGGCAUCAAUGCCAUAUCCUAUCUUGCUUCUACGGUUCCUCCGUGGUAUCUUGUCGACCGGUGGGGAAGACGGCCAAUUCUUCUCUCAGGGGCAGUGGCUAUGAUUGUGUCUUUGUCUCUGAUCUCCUAUUUCAUCUAUAUAGACGUUCCAGCAACACCAACGCUCACGGUCAUCUUUGUCAUGAUAUACAAUGCUGCCUUUGGCGCAUCUUGGGGACCUAUACCGUGGCUCUACCCCCCCGAAAUUUUGCCCUUAAGUAUUCGUGCAAAGGGCGCCAGUCUCAGCACUGCAGCAAAUUGGGCCUUCAACUGGCUGGUGGGGGAAAUCACACCCGUCCUCCAAGCCGCAAUCAAGUGGCGUCUCUACCUGGUCCAUGCUUUCUUUUGUGCAUGCAGCUUUGUGUUAGUGUAUUUCCUAUAUCCGGAGACAAGUGGUGUCCGGUUGGAGGAUAUGAAUAUUUUGUUCGGCGAUGCGACAACCUCUAUGCCGACUCCAGCAACCCAGGCGGAACGUGGGUCCUUGAUGAGUGCCGGCUCACCUGUGCCUUCGCUCGACAUUAGGCGACAAUAUGGUCCCCUGGGAGCGGAUAAUGCGAUUCCUGGAUUGGACAUUGAUCCGCCCAAUAUGAGCCCUAGUGCCUAUAAUAAAUCUGUUAGGUCUGUAAAUCCAGAGGGCCAUGCUACUCGAUCGGAGGGAUUCGGCGGUUGGAUCUCCAACAUGAUAACCCGUCAUAAGGGGUCUGGUUCUUCGGCACAAAACAACCAAUAUAGCCGCCUCGGGCAGGAAGAGAAUGACUAG